UGAUUGUGAACAUGGCCGCGCGCUGCUGAAAGUCAUGCUGUAGCUCUUAGACAUCGAUUCUUAUUUUCGUGGGUUUUGUAAUAUAUUUAGACUUAUUUAGACGUUUCUCUAUAUACAUAUAUAUUGCUAGCAGUAUAAUAAUGGACCCCCAGGGACAACUGCGUAAUUUACGAGACUUCCUUCUCGUUUAUAAUCGCAUGACGGAAAUCUGCUUCGAUCGGUGCUCAAGCAAUUUCAACUACAGAAAUCUGACAAUGGAUGAGGAGCGCUGUGUAGACAGCUGUGCAGGCAAAUUAAUAAGGACCAAUCACCGUUUAAUGGGCACGUAUGUGCAGCUGAUGCCUGCGAUGGUGCAGAAGCGCAUGCAGGAGAUGGAGAGCAAAGCUGCAGAAAUGGCUAAAGCCGAAGCUGAAGCUGCAGCGAAAGCAGGAACAUCAGCAUCAGAAAACCCUUCUACUGCCAUCACAAACACAUCAAUCCAGGAGAUCCCAAAUACAUCUUCUCCAGCACCCGAGAGCUUCCAGAUCCUCUCAUCUACUAAUAAUACAUCAGAUAUUAAGACAUCAUCAGUGACAAAUGGCUCAGCUUUUGGAGAAACAAAUUUGCAUACAAUAACAAACGACGGAAAAACCUUUACAAAUCAGUCUUUAGAUGGACUGGUAACACCAUCCCCUGUGAACACAUCAGUUUCUGAAACACCGACUGCAGGAGGCGCAGGACAAACUCGAUCGUGAUGGUGAGGUGAAAUGUUGUUUAUGCUGCAUAUUCAGUCUUAAUACAGCCUAAAAAAGUCACAGAAGCCUUUUAAGACUGAUCUUUUUUUGGUGGAAUGGGCUUCAUGAAUAUUUAAAUACCUCUAUUACAACAUUGAAUAAUUAUGUACUGCCGCCCGGCUAACAUGUGAACUCUUUCUUUUAAUAAAAAUGCUCCAUGUGGAAACUAAGAUAAA